UGAAACUUCACAUGCUUUGGCUUUGUGUCCUGCCCACUUGUGGCAUGUCAACAGACAGGUGGCUAUAUGCGGAGGAACCGUAUAAGAAAAAGCAAGAAUAAGACGAUUUGAAGUCAAAACCAGUAGGUCAUGCCACAGCUGACCUUCACAGCAGUUAUGCAGCUGGUGCUGCUCCUGUCCGCCUUCCCUGCUCAGUACCUUAUUCUCAAAUGGAGCGGCAGCACACCGGCACAGCGCUUCCACUCAUCAGCAAAGUUUAUUCACAAGUGGAAAGAGUGGCGCAGUUCUUACCUGAACGUUUCUGUAUGGAGCGACUGGGUCAAGUUGCAGCUUUCCAAAGUAUCGUCUGUGUUCAAUAUGGAAGAAGAUGAUGGAUACCAGUUGAGCGAUAUAGAACCCAUGAUGUUUGACAACGAUCAGGGAUUUUUUGGAGCAUCUAAGGUGGCACGUAGUCCACGGCCACCUUACGUCUUCCUGCGGGUGGGCGAAGUGGUGAUGGAUCGCAGGAGCCACCAGAUAGGCGUGGUAGUGAGCUGGGACACCGAGCUGAGGGCACCCACCAAGUGGGUAGACUGGGUCUACAGAAAAACAGAGGAUGUUGCAGCAAAGACUCCUCAUUACAAGGUUUUCUUCAGUGGACCAGGUCCUCACCAUAUAGUAGUGGCCUACCUGCCCCAGACUGCGCUCCAACGUCUCACUGGGACCAGACCAAAAAUUCCCAACUUGGAUAAGUUCUUCACUCAUUUCGACGGCGAUCGCUUUGUGCCUAAACCGUGGCUGAGAGAAAUUUUCCCCGAGGACGUCGAUGACGGUUCAUGAGGACGACUGUAACACAGAACCGUGUACAAGUCUGAGCCAACAGUACUUUUUUUUUUUUUUAAAUCAGCUUUUUGUCCCAACAGUAAAUACAGUAGAACCUCUAAAUAGGAACUCAGGGAAAAAAAAUGUUACAUAUAUAUAAUAUUUUACCAUUCAUUAUUUUUGUUUUAAAGCAACAAAGAUCAACUUACAUCGUGCAAUAAUUCUUGCCAAAAUAAGUUGACCACAGUUAAAAUUGUUUAAAUGUUUAGGGCUUUUCUUUGUCAUUGCUAAAAAAAUACUUAAUAAUUUGGAGUUUGUUUUGACAUUGCAGGUUCCACUUUAUUCGGACACCUAUAAGCCACCAUGAGGGCUCAGCCCUUCCCCAGUUAGAAGCUGCUCAUGGUCAUAUCACAAAAUGUUUUGCACUGUAGCAGUGCAUAUACAUGCACAGCUUUGAAUGUAUAAUUAUGAAUGCAUGUCUUUAAAUAAAAGACAACAUGUUGAACACG